ACUGCAAGCUACAGCAAGUGUAGUCUUCAUAUCGCCUCUUGAACCCAGCAUGGCAGAAAAAACCUUGAGUUCCGGGACUCUGAGUCUCCGGUUCAUGCAGAAUGCCAGACGUACACAGCACGCAACCGUAGUCGAAGCCGAGAAGGCACAGGUAAAAGACGAUGCUGAAUGGGAGGUCGCGAGGGAGGUCAGAGAGGCAUGGGGACAGACUUCUAGUUCCGAUGAUAAAUCACAACCAGUCACCGUGACAUACGAGACUUCCUAUCUUCCAUUUCUCUUUCCUUCUUUGCCCGAAAAUACAGGAGGCACCCGACCAUCGUCACACGACAUAAGCGCAACGAUCCCUAAAGGCCGUCGGGCAUUCAACAAGCGUGGAGAGGAAAUCAUUCAAGAGUCAUACAGCAAUGCACACGCACCAUCAGAAUCACAGCCUGCUCCGGAAAAUCAGCCGAAAGACGCGAGACAAAAACGGCCAAUAUCGAUAUCUGGUUCAGGGUCACUGGCUGCAACUACAAAGCAAGUCAGGAAGACAAAAGACGCAUCCAGAGAAGCCAAGCGUGUAAUUUACGAUAACAGCAAUGUGGGCACUGAUCUCCGACCCCCUCCUUCCUUACACCCGCCGAUACCAAUUGUCCAAGCUAGCAAUUCAUUCCUGAGGCCGUCUGGCGUAGACGGACCGAUCGUACACCCUAAAGGAGAAAACAAAGGGGCAAAUAGUGCAACGCCAGACAAUCAGGUAAUUGGUAGUGCUCGUAAGGGUAAAGCGAAAAGGGAUCAAAUAGAGGGCGAUGGCAAUAAGCCUAAGAAGAAAUCGAAAUUGACAAUGGUAGAGUAGCUAGUCGGCAGUAACUGUUACCCCAUGUCUCAAUUAUGCACUACGCCCAGAGUUAUUACGAAUGAGGUUGCAUCCCGUGAUGCGGCGGUACUUGUAUGCAUUCAUACUAAUCCGCAUAGCCCCUAUUUCGAACAUAGGGAUCCUCCGUCUUCUUACGUCGAAUGUCGUAUGGUUAAUGCAUGCUCGAACCACGUCGGUCCGAUUUUGAGAUCUAUAUGCUUUCUCAAUACUAAAUUUUGAUGUGUUGAUGCUUACAAAUCUUGACAACAUGCGGCAGUUUAC